GCGCAGACCUUGGCAUCGGUCCCGUCCGAUGAAGCAAAGCCGAAGUCGAUGACGCGCACAUUCGACAUGGCAAUGGGUGCGGCGAAGUCGUUACAGGAUAAGGCUUCGUCGGACCCCUUCGCGGUUUUCCUGAAGGUUACCGCCGCGGCGGAGACCGCGAAAACGCCACCAGCCAAGGCUCCAAGGCCAAAGAGGUGCCCGGUUGAAUCUGCGAGCGACACCUACCGCGUUAUCGUGGGCAAGGAGUCCCUGAACCGAGUCGAGCGUCGACUUUUCGAGGCGGGUGUUGAUGUCCGUGGGGGAUAUCACCGCCACCUGAACAGACCAGUGCUCUGA